UCCAGCAGCUGGCUCAGAAGGCAGCUCCUUUUUCCCAGCAUGGCCCCCUCGGCUUGGGCCAUCUGCUGCUGUCUCCUGGGGAGCCUCCUGUCCCAUGGGGGCAGCCCCAGCCCCGGUCCCAGCCCCAGUGUGCCUCGUCUGCGGCUCUCCUACCGAGAUCUCCUGUCUGCCAACCGUUCUGCCCUCUUUCUGGGUCCACGGGGCUCCCUAGACCUUCAAGUCAUGUACCUGGAUGAGUAUCGGGAUCGCCUCUUCCUGGGAGGCCGUGAUGCCCUCUACUCUUUGAGGCUGGAUCAGGCGUGGCCAGACCCCCGGGAGGUCUUGUGGCUGCCACAGCCAGGACAGAGGGCAGAAUGUGUCCAAAAGGGAAGAGAUCCUUUGACAGAGUGUGCCAACUUUGUACGAGUCUUACAACCCCACAACCGGACCCACCUGCUGGCCUGUGGCACUGGAGCCUUCCAGCCCAUCUGUACCCUCAUCACAGUAGGGCAUCGAGGGGAGCAUGUGCUCCACCUGGAGCCCAGCACGGUGGAAAGUGGAAGGGGGCGUUGCCCACAUGAGCCAAGCCGGCCCUUCGCCAGCACCUUUGUAGGUGGGGAGUUGUACACAGGCCUCACUGCUGAUUUCCUGGGACGUGAGGCCAUGAUUUUCCGGAGUGGGGGUCCCAAACCAGCCCUUCGUUCUGACUCUGACCAGAGCCUCCUACAUGACCCCCGGUUUGUGAUGGCUGCUCGGAUCCCAGAUAACUCAGACCGGGAUGACGACAAGGUGUAUUUCUUCUUCUCUGAGACUGUCCCAUCACCAGAUGGUGGCCCAGGUCAUGUCACCAUCAGCCGUGUGGGCCGAGUCUGUGUGAAUGAUGCCGGUGGCCAGCGGGUGCUGGUGAACAAGUGGAGUACCUUCCUCAAGGCCAGGCUGGUAUGCUCUGUGCCUGGCCCUGGUGGGGCUGAGACUCACUUUGACCAGUUGGAGGACGUGUUCCUGCUGUGGCCCAAGGCAGGGAAGAACCUGGAGGUGUAUGCGCUGUUCAGCACUGUCAGUGCCGUGUUCCGGGGCUUCGCCGUCUGUGUGUACCACAUGGCGGACAUCUGGGAGGUCUUCAACGGGCCCUUUGCCCACCGAGAUGGCCCUCAGCAUCAGUGGGGACCUUAUGGGGGCAAGGUGCCCUUCCCCCGCCCCGGUGUGUGCCCUAGCAAGAUGACGGCACAGCCAGGGCGACCCUUUGGCAGCACCAAGGACUACCCGGAUGAGGUGCUGCAGUUUGUCCGAGACCACCCACUCAUGUUCCAGCCUGUGAGGCCUAGGCGUGGACGGCCCGUCCUGGUCAAAACUAACUUAGCUCAGCAGCUGCGCCAGAUUGUGGUGGACCGAGUGGAGGCCGAGGAUGGGACCUAUGAUGUCAUCUUCCUAGGGACUGAUUCAGGGUCUGUGCUCAAAGUCAUUGCCCUCCAUGUUAGCGGCUUGGCUGAGCCUGAAGAGGUAGUUCUGGAGGAGCUCCAGGUGUUUAAGGUGCCGACACCCAUCACCCAGAUGGAGAUCUCUGUCAAAAGGCAAACGCUGUACGUGGGCUCUCCACGGGGCGUGGCCCGGCUGCGGCUGCACCAGUGUGAGACUUAUGGCACUGCCUGUGCUGAGUGCUGCCUGGCCAGGGACCCGUACUGCGCCUGGGAUGGUGCUUCCUGUACCCGAUACCGCCCCAGCUUGGGCAAGCGCCGGUUCCGAAGGCAGGACAUCCGACAUGGCAACCCCGCUCUGCAGUGUCUGGGCCAGGGCCAGAGCCAAGACAAGGAAGCUUCAAGACUGGUGACCAGAGUCUUUGGCACAGAGCACAACAGCACUUUCCUUGAGUGUCUGCCCAAGUCUCCCCAAGCUGCAGUACGCUGGUUUUUACAGAGGCCAGGCGAUGAGGGGACCGACCAGGUGAAGACAGAUGAGCGAGUUCUGCAAACAGAACAGGGGCUGCUGUUCCGGAGGCUCAGCCGCCUUGACGCAGGAAACUAUACCUGUACCACACUGGAGCAUGGCUUCUCCCAGACUGUAGCUCGUUUUACCCUGGAGGUGAUUGCAGCUGUGCAGCUGGACAGCCUGUUCCUUCAGGAGCCACGGCUAGAGGAGCCCUCAGCCUGGAGAGGCCUGGCCGCCGCCUCACCCAAGACUUGGUAUAAGGACAUCCUUCAGCUCGCUGGUUUCGCCAACCUGCCCCGUGUGGAUGAGUACUGUGAGCGUGUAUGGUGUAGGGGUGUUGGGGAGCGCUCAGGCUCCUUCCGGGGCAGGGGAAAGCAGGCUAAGGGGAAGAGCUGGGCAGGGCUGGAGCUGGGCAAGAAGGUGAAGAGCCGGGUGCUGGCUGAGCACAAUCGGACACCUAGGGAGGUAGAAGCCACAUAGAAGAUGGCUGAGGAGGGGGUGGACAGGCUGGGCUGGGAGACUCAACAACAUCUUCCUCCCACCCAGCUAGGGCAGAGGAGGCCAGGGCACCUGCCUACCUCUUAGAGAUGGCAAUCUCUACCACCUGCAGGAAAGACUAGAGGCCGGUGGGAAGGGCUGUGCACCUCAGCCUACCCCUGCCCCUCUCUGUGUUCUCAGUCCCAGGCUGGAGCUGGCACCCCCUGACCACUUGGAGUCCCAAGGGGCCUGCUAUUUGUUCUCAGAGAUGGUGUGGCUUCCGGAGCACAUUUCCGGUUGUGCCCAGAGGCAAAUGGGUUGGGUGGUUCUUUCUCAGCUUGCAGAACAAUGGCCAUUCUGAGUGGGUGUAUGGGUGGCUCUGAGGGGAUAUAUUGGCCGUCCACCAGAGAAGGGGAAAGUAGCUUGGUAAGCUGGCACCUGUGAAGAAGUACUUGCCCCACCAGAGGUGUGAGAGAAGGUGGCAGAGCGAGGAGGUCGGGGAGCUUUGUUCAUCUGCCUCCAUGCUUUGGUAUCUAGAUGUUUCCCUGCCUCAGUCCACCACCAUCUCAGACUUAGGCAGGAAUUGCUAGAACCGGAAAGUGGCCUGGCUCCCUUUGACACCAGGAAGAGUUGUCUCACAGCAUGAUACCUAUUUUCCAGGUCCCAAACUGUUAGGCCAGGUUUGUGGGGUACCUACACCUCACCAUCAGGGUCCCUUCCUGAGGGUCGGGAGGAGGAGGGUCUGAGGGGCAGAGAGAGGAAGAAGGCAGAUCCAGGGUGGGAGCCGGAAGCGUGGGCUACCUUUCUAAGGACGAGGCAGGCACACUCAGGCCUGUGAGGUUACGAGUGUGCUCUCUGAGAACUGCAGCCUGUGGUCAGGAUCAGUAUCCUGGGCUUCGGCUAGGGCUACAAGGAACUAGAGAGGGGUGGGUCCAUGGGUCCAUGACAGGUGUCCUCAAGAAUCAAAGUGACAUCAAUCGGUUCAGGAGUCUCUGGGUAGGCCAGAUAUUUCCAGCCCUGGAGUCUAUAUUUGCUAUACACAGGGUGGUCAUGAUGGUUCAUUUCUAAGACUCCUGUGUUUUUCAUGGUACUUGGGAUUGGACCCAGGGUCUCAUGCAUGUUAGACAAGUGCCCUACCACUGAGUUAUGUCCCAGCUCGCUCGUGUUCUCUCUCUCUCUCUCUCUCUCUCUCUCUCUCUCUCUCUCUCUCUCUCUCUCUCUCUCUCAUGGGAGAAUGUGGCGAAGGAAGCUGGUAGAAUGGUGAUCCUGCUGUUCCAGGGGAGGCUGAGUGUCAAGGGCACAUCUGGCUUGGGCUGUAGAGGAGGAACUUGGCCAUCAGCAGUCUCUCCAGCUGGGGAGCAGAGUGGGGGAGGAGGUCAAUUAAAUGAGAAGUUAUUCCCAGCCUGAGGGUGAAUUAGUUAGUGACGCACAAGAUGGACAAGAGGGCAAGUCUGAGAUCCCUCCUUUGAAAAGAAGGAAAAAGGAAAAAAGGGGGUGGGCAGAAGAUGAAGAAGCAAGAUAGAGGUUCUUGCUCUACUGAAGUUCAGACCUUGGGUUUAUUUCCUCUAACCUGGCACCACCAGGGUGCUGGGAUCUGAAGGCUCACACCCUCUCCGCUUUGCACAGCUGGCAAACAGGAGCCCUGAAAUCCACCUGCCCAAACCCAGGUCCUUCUGCUUGUGGGUGCGGCCCCUUGGGAUAUUGGUGGAUGAAAGAAGAGGAGAGAGGAGUGGGUAGAAGCCAGAGGAAAGAAGGGAAGGGGAGACAGAGGAGAUGGCAGGGGAGAGGAGACCCUGAGAAGACAGAAAGCUGCAGGCAGCCCAGUCCUCAGUGGCCUUUGGCCCGAGUCUACGUUUGGCAAGCUCUGGGUAGGCUCCUCUGGGGAAGUGGCCCUGGAAAACACAGGCAGAAGGAACUCAACAUCCUGAACAAUGUACCCCUAUACUUGGGAAUAGGACAGCUCUUGCCGACAGCCACCUUCCCUGUGGUACUGUGGUACGAGCCCCUGGGAACACCCAGAUGUGUGAACUGUGUUCGUGUUGGUGUUUUGAAAUGAGCCUUUUUGGCUUCUCAGUCCUCCAAGCAUACUUAUUGAAAUUAGUAUUGAUAUUUUUAUUGUCGUGGUUGCCUUUGAGCUCUGAUGAGGAAAGAGCCGGUAAGGAAAGGGAUGAAAAAAUAUUUCUGUCAUCCGAUUACAUCA